CUGCUGUGCAGUUGCAACUCCACCCCCCCCCCCAAAAAAAUGGAACAGUAACCCACUAUGAAGUCUUUCUCGGGGAUGGAGGUACAAUGAUGAAAGGACUAAUGUCCUCUUGAGAAGUAUAAAACGGCAAGUAUUUCAUUCGCGUUGCGAAUAUCUGAACAUGCAAUGCUACCCGACCCGAUGUUAAAAGCAGAACUACUACGUCAGCCUCGAAAGCAUCGCCACUACUUUAACAUUUCUCAUCUCCAGGUGCAUUCAUCCUACAGUUUGUUGCUUGAUUUCUUGCGAGUUUGUCAUCUGUCAAAGGACAAUUUUCUGGAAGUCCUGGAUCAUACUAGGCGCAGGAACAAGACUUGCCCUGUGAUUUUUCCAUCUGCACCACAUUUUGAAUAUGGAUUGUUCUAACUGAAAGGGUCCGGCUCAUUAUUAGGGAGAUCAUUGCAGCAAAGAUAAGGGGGAAGGGGGAAUUGUUGCUAAUUCCGAGCAAAGAAUCUGCAGCCUCACCUGAGGAGUUUGGGUUCUGCACAUGACAACUGACCAGGGCUGCGUAGAGAAACAGGCUGUGCAGGAAAUUCCUACCCACACCUCACAGCUGACACUGAGACAACCGAUCUAAACUUUGGAAUUCCAUUCAGUAAAUAGAUCAACUAAGAUUCUCUUUAUGCAGGAUGACAACUUAGAAUCCAUUCGCUUCCUUUCAUUUUACGUGGGAAAAACUUGAUACAAGAAAGCAUCCGGUUUAUUUAACUGUAUCGGAAAACUAGUAUAAUCUUUUUCUCAAUGAAGUCAAUACAAAUAACUACUUCACUUUCCUAGUGAAACGGUUUGAAUGAGCACAUGGAUAAAUUACAAGCUGAAGAAUUUGAGAACCUGUUAAAUUCAGUUCACCUGGAAGUUUUGGAUAAAUGACAUCUGGAGCAAUUUGUAAGCCUUCUUUCCGCGACUUGCAGGUUUCUGUUCUUAAAGGGCCUGACCUAGAGCAACAUGAGUGCUGACUGCCUGAGUUAUUAUAACGCCCAGCAGGUGCUGGUCAGUGGGUUUAGCUGUCCCCCUCCAGAAGGUCCGGCUAAUGAGCGCUACUGCUGCGGCUUCAAUGACAUCAAGUACUGCUGCGACGAUCCCAACAGCUUCUUCCCCUAUGAGUACAGCUACAUGUGGUGGCUAAGUAUCGGAGCACUUGUGGGCCUGUCAAUCGCUGCUGUAGUUUUGCUUGCCUUCAUCAUCACAGUGUGUGUUCUCUGCUAUCUGUUCAUCAGCACAAAACCACACAACAGGUUGGAUACAGGACUGCACUUACAGACGCCAGGAACAAAUCAAAAUUCCUUAGAAGAAAUGAGUCACUCAAGUCAAUCAGCUGCCCCAAAUGGAUUCAAAAAACACUUUAUGAGCCGGAAGCUGGAUUGUGAUAACCAACCCCAAGAACCAGACAGACUCUUUCAAAGGUGUUUUAUGGCUACUGUUACUACAAUUAAUGUCCAAGGUCCAACAUAACUGUACAACAUAUCAUAGCUUGGAAACUGCAUAAAAUGUAAAAUGUGCUUUAAAGAGACCACUGUACCCUCUUCUUUUCUUAAAUGUUUACAUCUACAACGGGAAGGAAGAUGUGAUAUAAAAUAUUUUUAAUGCAUUUGCUCAUCCAGACAUCUUCUGCAAAAAGUUUUAAAGAUUCUGUACCCAUUUUAAUUGCCAAUAUUAAACAGCAGGAUUUUUUUACAUGUCAAAUGAACAUAAGUACAGGUUGUAAGCACAUUAUUAUCUGCCUGCAUAAACUACAGAAAGGAAAUUAUGCAACACAUUCUCGCUGAAAUAUUUUUACAUCACAUUUGAUACUUAAAUGUUGACUUGCUUGCCCAUUUAUGGAUUUUUAUUUACAACUUGUCACUUCAGAUUAUCUUUCUAAAGCACUUGCUUAUUAAUCUGCUUCUGUAAGAGGAACUGACUGGUUUUGUGUAGUCAAAAUGUUCAGGAUCAUAAAAGAUUUUUGUCUCUGCAUUAAUGUUUAUAUAUGCCACAAUUUAUUAAUGGGCAACACUCGCAAACAUACAAGAUUAUGUAUGAUCAGCAUAAACUGGACUGCUGUAAUCUUUUCGACUUUUUAUUGAACAGAAUGUUCCAAAUUCAAACAGACCAGAGGUGCUUGACGUUUCUGAUAUGAUGCCAGUGCCUGACUCAUUACAAUGUCUGAAGAAUUUUCCAGACUAUUUUUUAACAUAGUAUUGAUCAUUCUGACAAGACUAAGUUGCUGCACCAAUAGCAGAAUGUGACACAACUUGCAGUGUGGUCACUCAUGUUGUUUAUGGCCACUGGCAACGAUAACAAAUGUCAUCUAAUAGCAUGUCCUGCAAGUAUUACACAGGAUAAAAUGAGAACCAAUGUAUUAUACCCUAUUGAUUUUUCCAUCAUGUAAAACUCAAAUAUCAUCCACAAUGCAUUAAACCAACUGCUCCUAAGAGCAUGA